UAUAUGAAAAUAACAUAAUUUUUAAACUUGAGCAAAAUGUUCUUCUUGAGAAAGAAAUAAAUGUGUUUGAUCAAGAAAUGAAUGAUAUUGAGGAAGAAAUAAAUGCUCUUGAAGAAGAAAUAAAAUUUGCUUUAGAUAUAAUAAAAAGUGAAAAUAAAACUGAGAAAAUUAAGUUAAAGACUUUUUGCAACGAAGUCGCAGAUUUUUUGAAGUUAUUUCCAACCACCUAUGAUACCAGCAUAAGACAAAUUCCUUAUCUUCAAACAAAUAAACCAAGAUCACCGGGGAGGCUGCCAACUUAUUUGAAUAUGGGCAAACUGCAUAUGAUACCACACAAAUUUACUCUCAAUGAAUUUCUAAGUCAAAAAUCUGAUUAUAAUAAAUGA